CUCUCAUCGGCACCACCACCACCUGGAUCGAACGAUCCAUUGAAGCGAGAGACACGAGAGGUGGAGAGGAGCAGCCAUGGCGUUGGCAUCGCUGUCGAAGGUGGUGAUGGGGUCGGUGGCGUUCGGGGUUUUCUGGAUGCUGGCGGUGUUCCCGUCGGUGCCGUUCCUGCCGAUCGGGCGGACGGCGGGGGCGCUGCUGGGGGCGGUGCUGAUGAUCGUGUUCCACGUGAUCAGCGCCGACGACGCGUACGCCUCCAUCGACCUCCCCAUCCUGGGCCUCCUCUUCGCCACCAUGGUCGUCGGCGGCUACCUCAAGAACGCCGGCAUGUUCAAGCACCUGGGCCGGCUGCUGGCGUGGCGGAGCCAGGGCGGACGGGACCUCAUGUGCCGCGUCUGCGUCGUCACCGCGCUCGCCAGCGCGCUCUUCACCAACGACACCUGCUGCGUCGUGCUCACCGAGUUCGUGCUGGAGCUCGCCGCCGAGAGGAACCUCCCGGCGAAGCCGUUCCUGCUCGCGCUCGCCACCAGCGCCAACAUCGGCUCCAGCGCCACGCCCAUCGGCAACCCGCAGAACCUGGUCAUCGCCUUCAACAGCAAGAUCUCCUUCAUCUCCUUCCUCCUCGGCAUCCUCCCGGCCAUGCUCGCCGGCAUGGGGGUCAACAUGCUCAUGCUGCUCUGCAUGUACUGGAAGGAGCUCGAGGGCGCCAGCCCCGACGAGGUGGCCGCCGCCAAGGAGAUGGAGGCCGUCGAGGAGGGCCGGCGCCACGCCCCCGCGCUCACCCUCCACAAGAAAGACGACGGCGACGCCGCGGUGGCCGCGGCGGCGGAGGAGGAAGACGACGGCGACGCCCAGUCGAUGAUGUCGGAGAACAUCUCGACCAAGCACCGGUGGUUCAUGCAGUGCUCGGAGCACCGCCGCAAGCUGUUCCUCAAGAGCUUCGCGUACGUGGUCACCGUCGGCAUGCUCGUCGCCUACAUGCUCGGCCUCAACAUGUCGUGGACGGCCAUCACCACCGCCAUCGCCCUCGUCGUCGUCGACUUCCGCGACGCCGAGCCAUGCCUCGACAAGGUGUCGUACUCGCUGCUGGUGUUCUUCUCGGGGAUGUUCGUGACGGUGAGCGGGUUCAACAAGACGGGGCUCCCUGGGGCCAUCUGGAACGUCAUGGCGCCCUACUCCAAGAUCAACCACGUCAGCGGCGUCACCGUCCUCUCCGUCAUCAUCCUCCUCCUCUCCAACCUCGCCUCUAACGUCCCCACCGUGUUGUUGAUGGGGGACGAGGUGGCGGCAGCGGCGGCGACGAUAUCGGCGGCGGCGGUGACGCGGUCGUGGCUGCUGCUGGCGUGGGUGAGCACGGUGGCCGGGAACCUGUCGCUGCUGGGGUCGGCGGCGAACCUGAUCGUGUGCGAGCAGGCGAGGAGGGCGACGCGCAACGCCUACGACCUCACCUUCUGGAGCCACGUCAUCUUCGGCCUCCCCUCCACCCUCGUCGUCACCGCCGUUGGCAUCCCUCUCAUCGGCAAGAUCAACAUCUAAUUAAUUAGCAGCUAUAUGCAUCUACUAGCUAGCUAAUUAAUCGAUCUUGUCAUCGAUCAUAAUCGAUCUGCCGGCGGCAAAGCAUGCAAGUUGGCAAUCAGCAAGAUGAUCAUCAUGCAUGCAUGUUAGUCAAUCUAAGUAUAAUUAAGUUUGUGAUCAAGCCUGCAUGCGAAUGCAAUGCAUGCUUGAUCUCAAAGUCGAUUAACUAAAUAUAUUGGUGCCAAUGCAUGCUCUGGGAUGCAUGAAUGAUUAAUUAAUUAAUUAAUUUUGCUAGUAUGUAUCACAGAGCUAGAAAAUGGUGUACAAUAUGAUGAGAGAGGAGGAUAUAAUGCAUGUAUGUGUGUAUCCUCUGAUGGCCUGCUGGCUGUUUGAAUGAAUGAAGUAGAUAGCUAGUAGACAGGUAGCACUACAAAGCUAGUGACUUAAGUACGGAUGGAUUAAUCUGUCCCAUUGCUCCAACUUGCAAUCUAGUUUUCAAUAAAGUUGGUUUUGUGCACUUGUCAAUUUGCUCUCUUUGUUUAACUGAUCUUGCGUGUAGUGCGUAAGUAGCAGCAAGAUUGCAUU